AUGGACCUGUUCAUUCCCUUUGGAAUCAAAGCCUCUAACAAAGGCCAGGGCUGUCAAAGGAGGAGGGAAGAGCAUUCCCUGCUUGGACAGAAGCGAUUACCGGCUCCAGCCUGGGAGUGUGGAGCACCGGGAAGGGCCCAGGAGGCUGCUGAGCACCGGGCUCACCUCGAGGUCUGUCCCCCUGCACGUUGCCAUAUCUACCUCAGCAGGACCAGGCGCUGUGCCCUGGCUCCCUGCAGCCCUGGUUCCCCUCAGCAGGACCAGGCGCUGUGCCCUGGCUCCCUGCAGCCCUGGUUCCCCUCAGCAGGAGCAGGCGCUGUUCCCUGGCUCCCUGCAGCCCUGGUUCCCCUCAGCAGGACCAGGGGCUGUGCCCUGGCUCCCUGCAGCCCUGGUUCCCCUCAGCAGGAGCAGGGGCUGUUCCCUGGCUCCCUGCAGCCCUGGUUCCCCUCUGCAGGAGCAGGGGCUGUUCCCUGUUUCCCUGCAGCCCUGGUUCCCCUCAGCAGGAGCAGGGGCUGUUCCCUGGCUCCCUGCAGCCCUGGUUCCCCUCAGCAGGACCAGGCGCUGUGCCCUGGCUCCCUGCAGCCCUGGUUCCCCUCAGCAGGAGCAGGCGCUGUUCCCUGGCUCCCUGCAGCCCUGGUUCCCCUCAGCAGGAGCAGGGGCUGUGCCCUGGUUCCCCUCAGCAGGAGCAGGCGCUGUUCCCUGGCUCCCUGCAGCCCUGGUUCCCCUCAGCUGCUCUCGGACCCGCGGCAGUGCUGGCGUGGGGGGCUCUGCCGUCCCUCCUGGGCACAGGGCCAGGCGUGCCCACGGUUCAGCUGCGGCGGCACCGACCAGGCUGUGGUUCUGACUGGGACAGGACAGCAGUGUGGUGGUUAUUCACAACACAAACACGAGGUUUCCCUCUGCGUUUUUCUGGUUUUUUGGCUGUUUCCUCGGUGCUUUACCCGGGAGCAGCAGCGGGUUAAAAAGGUUGUUGCUGCAGUCAGUGUUAGCUUUAGUCCCCUUAUUUUCACUCUUUUUGCUCAAGACACUCAGUAGGAGACUUGCUGUUUCAAUUUCUGCUUUCUGCAGGUUUUUCCUGCCCUUUCUGGGUUUGGCUGUUGAACUGUAUGUAGCUUGUACACAGGCAGGGCUCAUCCCAGGCUGCAGCUGCCCUGCCUGGAAGGCACUGGAGCAGGUGACGGUGUUUUUGCAGGGUUGGAGCUCUGGGAAGCACUGAGGCCCUGGUUGUUGUCAGCCUUGAAAUGGUUCCCCACAUUGAACUAGAAAAUAAAGUGAGCACUGUUGCACAACAGGAGGGUUCAGCCCCUGGUGUACGGCAUUCCCGACCCCAAAUCCAUGCAGGGUUCAGAUUUGGGGAUUUGGCUGUACUUCCCCUCACAGGCAGAGAUAUUCCUUGGCUUCUCACAUUCCUGGGAUGUGAGGUAUCAGCUCUUCUGGAGCGCUCAGAGACCCAGGACGGGGUCUGGGUGCCCUCAAUGCCGUCCCCCACGGUGCCAGAGCUAAUUCCGAGAAGGGAGCACCGUUGUAGCUGUGUUUGGGAUAGUUCCUACCCCCACCUGCCCCAGCAGCACAGAGCAGUGCCCGGGUGCUGCUGCGGUGACAGGUGACGAUCACUGCGUCGUGGCGCUGCUUGGUGACCCCAUUUGUGACCCCAUGUUUGUAACGACCAAUUCCUGCCACUGCGGGGGACCGUGCCCUGAAAUAAAGUGCAGCUCUUCACCUGU